AUGAUCCGGGGUUGGAAUACCAUACCGCAAGCAUUUGUUGCUUCAUUGUUUACAUGGGGUGUUACUGCCCUUGGUGCUGCCGUUGUUUUCUUCACACCGCCAUCGAAUAAGAAGCUACUUGAUGUGAGUUUGGGUUUUGCUGCUGGAAUUAUGAUAGCGGCAUCAUUUUGGAGUCUAUUAGCACCAGCAAUCGAAUUAUCAGAGAUAGAUAUGGGCUCUUUCGCAUUCCUUCCAGUCGCAGUGGGUUUUGCUGCUGGCUCUGCUUUUGUAUAUGCUGCUGAUCGGAUGAUGCCAAGUUGUGUGCUUUCGGAAAUCGCAGUGGUGGAUCUAUUAAAGGAAGAUGUCACAGUCAGUCCUAAAGUAGUCAAACCGUUGGAUGUAAUUGUUGGAGAAAGUAUAUCAAUGGUGAAACUUAAGGAAUCAAACGAUAAUAUUGCACGGUAUGGAUCUGCUCCUGCAAAAACAGCCGGUCAAAUAAGUCGUCGGCGAACUGCCAACAAUAGGAUCCAUCGAACGGAUGAUUCCACCACUAGUACUAACAAUACGGACGGAAGUACCUCAGACGCAGCAACAACAGCAGUAACAGUGGAGGAAAACGGUACUCGAACAAUUGAUAAAGAACACGCUCUUAUUGCACCUAUCUCAUGGCGACGCAUCCUUUUGUUAAUUAUUGCCGUCACAGUACAUAAUAUUCCGGAAGGUUUAGCUGUUGGUGUUGCAUUUGGUUCUAUUGGUAAAACUGCUAAGGCGACGUUCGAAUCGGCUUUUGCUUUGUCACUUGGUAUUGGUUUACAAAAUUUCCCAGAAGGAUUAGCCGUUUCACUUCCGCUUGCCGCUUUCGGUCAUACUAAAAUGAAAUCUUUCUUUUACGGACAAUUAUCCGGUAUGGUAGAACCACUGGGAGCAUUAGCUGGUUCAGCUGCCGUGAUCUUAAUGGAACCUGUUUUGCCGUAUGCACUAAGUUUCGCUGCAGGUGCAAUGAUUUAUGUUGUUUUGGAUGAUAUUAUACCGGAAGCACAACGAAAUGGUAAUGGUCGAUUGGCCUCUAUAAGUUCAGUUAUUGGCUUCUUGAUUAUGAUGGCAUUAGAUGUUGGUUUAGGCUAA